AUGCAGCAGAUGCUCAAGGACUGGGAAUUGACAGUCGGCAUUGAGAUCCAUGCACAAUUGAAUACUGCUUGCAAGCUCUUUUCGCAUGCAGCCACGUCUAUCAAUGACGAACCGAAUACUCACGUUGCCUUCUUCGAUGUUGCGAUACCCGGGUCCUUACCCAAGUUCCAGAAUGCGACCUUGAUUCCUGCUCUCCGGGCUGCCAUUGCUCUAGGAUGCCAAAUACAGCACAUCAGUCGCUUCGAUCGAAAGCAUUACUUCUACCAUGACCAGCCUGCUGGUUAUCAGCUCACCCAAUACUAUGAACCUUUUGCAAAGAAUGGCUGUAUCACCUUGACAGAGGAUGAUGGGAUUGGCCGAAUGGACGGGAAGUCAGUGACAAUCGGUAUCAAGCAAGUCCAAAUGGAACAGGAUACCGCUAAAUCGCAAGAACCGGACCCAGAAACCAAUCUGGUCGAUUUCAACAGGGCCGGCCAGCCUUUGAUCGAAGUUAUUUCCCUCCCACAAAUACACUCCCCUGAGACAGCGGCAGCAUACGUGAGAAAGAUACAGGCAAUUCUGCUGGCAGUUGAUGCAGUCACGACUGGAAUGGAGAUGGGAGGUCUGAGAGCGGACGUCAAUGUUUCUGUACGACGCCGUGAUGGACCGUUAGGAAACAGCGAAUACAGUGGUAUCACGGGACUCGGACAACGAACAGAGAUUAAGAAUUUGAGCACAUUGAAGGGGGUUGAAGAAGCGAUCAAAGCCGAACGAGAUCGUCAGAUCAGCGUGCUCGAAGCUGGUGGAGCCGUGGAUGGAGAGACUCGAGGAUGGUCAUUGACAGCUCCAACUGUCACCCGCCGACUCAGAGGUAAGGAGGGAGAGGUUGACUAUCGCUACAUGCCGGAUCCAGAUAUUGCUCCAAUCACCAUUGGAGCAGAUGUGAUCGAAUAUCUUGCGCAAACGCUACCGAAGCUGCCGAAUCAACUUCUCACCAUGUUAACGGAGGACAAAAGAUACGGAUUAUCUAUGACGGAUGCGAAGAUACUUCUACAGCUCGACGAUGGGGAAAGACUUGAAUACUACACUGCGGUGGUGGAAAAGUUGAAUACUAUAUGCAGGGAUCUCGAGGCCGAGGUUGAUCGCGGAUCGACUGGCCAGCUUGCAGCUAAUUGGGUUAUGCAUGAACUUGGGUCCCUUCUUACGAGGGCGGACAGGUCUUGGAAGGAGACCCAAGUUCCAUCAGCCAAACUUGCAUCCAUACUAGCCAACCUCAUGAGUAAGAAAAUCACAGGAAAUAGUGCUAAGCAAGUCCUCAAACUCAUCUUUGAUGGCGAUGGACGAGAAGUUGGUGCUAUCAUCCGAGAGGAAGGCUUGGUAUACAGGCCGCUCUCAGGCGAAGAAUACGCUGACUUGGCCUCCAAGGUCAUGGAGCAGCAUAAUGACAAGGUCAAACAAAUCCGAGAGAAGGGCCAGACCGGCAAAUUGAUGUUUCUGGUAGGCCAGAUGAUGCGAGCAGGAGAGGAGGGCAGGGUGGAUGCCAAGGAGGCGGAAUCUGUUCUCCACCGCAUCAUUUUGGAGGAACCGGCGGCAUGA